CACCGGGGCCCCGCGGAAGCGCGGCUGCGGCGCGCCGUGCCGGCAGCGAGGGGAGGGCGGACGCCCGCCUUCGCCCGAGUGGCUGCCUCGGCGGGCCGCCGCCCCGGGCAUGUGAGCGCGGCAGCUGGCCCGCGGGCCCGGAGCGGCGCGGAGGCCGGCCGCACACGGUGUGUGGAGGCCAGUAUGAAGCUGAAAAAGCAGGUGACUGUGUGUGGGGCUGCUGUCUUCUGUGUGGCAGUCUUCUCGCUCUACCUCAUGCUGGACCGAGUGCAGCACGAUCCCACCAGACAUCAGAAUGGUGGGAACUUCCCCCGGAGCCAAAUUUCUGUGCUGCAGAACCGCAUUGAGCAGCUGGAGCAGCUGCUGGAGGAGAACCAUGAGAUCAUCAGCCACAUCAAGGACUCCGUGCUGGAGCUGACAGCCAACGCGGAGGGCCCGCCCGCCCUGCUGCCCUACUACACGGCCAAUGGCUCCUGGGUGGUGCCGCCGGAUCCCCGGCCCAGCUUCUUGUCCAUCUCCCCUCAAGACUGCCAGUUUGCUUUGGGGGGCCAGCACCAGAAGCCAGAGCUGCAGAUGCUGACUGUGUCGGAGGAGCUGCCAUUUGACAACGUGGAUGGCGGUGUGUGGAAGCAAGGCUUCGACAUCUCCUACAGCCCACACGACUGGGAUGCGGAAGCCCUGCAGGUGUUUGUGGUGCCCCACUCUCACAACGACCCAGGCUGGAUCAAGACCUUUGACAAGUACUACACAGAGCAGACACAGCACAUCCUCAAUAGCAUGGUGUCCAAGCUGCAGGAGGACCCCCGGCGGCGCUUCCUCUGGGCGGAAGUCUCCUUUUUUGCCAAGUGGUGGGACAACAUCAAUGCCCAAAAGAGAGCGGCAGUGCGAAGGCUGGUGGGAAAUGGGCAGCUGGAGAUUGCAACAGGAGGCUGGGUAAUGCCAGAUGAGGCCAACUCCCAUUACUUCGCGCUGAUUGACCAGCUCAUCGAGGGCCACCAGUGGCUGGAGAAAAACCUUGGUGUAACCCCGCGCUCUGGCUGGGCGGUGGACCCCUUUGGACACAGCCCCACCAUGCCUUACCUGCUGCGCCGCGCCAACCUGACCAGCAUGCUGAUUCAGAGGGUGCACUAUGCCAUCAAGAAGCACUUUGCUGCCACCCACAGCCUGGAGUUCAUGUGGAGGCAGACCUGGGACUCGGACUCCAGCACAGACAUCUUCUGCCACAUGAUGCCCUUCUACAGCUAUGAUGUCCCCCAUACCUGUGGCCCGGAUCCCAAGAUCUGCUGCCAGUUUGAUUUCAAACGCUUGCCCGGUGGGCGCAUCAACUGCCCUUGGAAGGUGCCACCCCGGGCUGUCACAGAGGCGAACGUGGCUGAGAGGGCCGCCCUGCUCCUGGACCAGUACCGGAAGAAGUCCCGGCUCUUCCGCAGCAACGUGCUGCUGGUGCCGCUGGGCGACGACUUCCGAUACGACAAGCCCCAGGAGUGGGAUGCCCAGUUCUUCAACUACCAGCGGCUCUUCGACUUCCUCAACAGCCAGCCCGACCUCCACGUGCAGGCCCAGUUCGGCACCCUCUCUGACUAUUUCGACGCUCUGUACAAGAGGACAGGGGUGGAGCCUGGGGCCCGGCCGCCGGGCUUCCCCGUGCUGAGCGGGGAUUUCUUCUCCUACGCGGACCGGGAGGACCACUACUGGACGGGGUAUUACACUUCCCGGCCUUUCUACAAGAGCCUGGACCGCGUCCUGGAAGCCCACCUGCGGGGGGCAGAGAUUCUGUACAGCCUGGCUGUGGCCCACGCCCGCCGCUCUGGACUGGCCAGCCAGUACCCGCUCUCCAACUUCGCCCUCCUGACAGAAGCGCGGCGCACGCUGGGGCUCUUCCAGCACCACGACGCCAUCACCGGCACGGCCAAGGAAGCGGUGGUGGCGGACUAUGGGGUCAGGCUCCUGCGCUCCCUGGUCAGCCUGAAGCAGGUCAUCAUUCAUGCAGCUCACUACCUGGUGCUGGCGGACAAGGAGACCUACCACUUUGACCCGGAGGCGCCCUUCCUCCAGAUGGAUGACACCCGCUUAAGUCACGAUUCCCUGCCCGAGCGCACGGUGAUCCACCUGGAGUCAUCACCCAGGUACGUGGUACUGUUCAACCCGCUGGAUCAGGAGCGGCUCAGCAUGGUGUCCCUGCUCGUCAGCUCGCCGCGGGUCCGUGUCCUCUCGGAGGACGGCCAGCCCCUGGCUGUGCAGAUCAGUGCACGCUGGAGCUCUGCCACUGACAUGGUCCCUGACGUCUACCAGGUGUCUGUGCCCGUCCGCCUGCCUGCCCUGGGCCUUGGUGUGCUGCAGCUGCAGCUGGGCCUGGACGGGCACCACGCCCUGCCCUCCUCCGUGCGCGUCUACCUGCAUGGCCGCCAGCUGUCUGUCAGCAGGCACGAGGCAUUUCCUCUGCGCAUCGUUGACUCUGGCACCGGCGACUUUGCCCUCAGCAACCGCUACAUGCAGGUCUGGUUCUCAGGCCUUACCGGGCUCCUCAAGAGCAUCCGAAGGGUAGACGAGGAGCAGGAGCAGCGGGUGGACAUGGAGUUCCUCGUCUAUGGCACCCGCACAUCCAAAGACAAGAGUGGAGCCUACCUCUUCCUGCCCGACGGCGAGGCCCAGCCCUACGUCCCCAAGGAUCCCCCUGUGCUGCGUGUCACCGAAGGCCCUUUCUUCUCCGAGGUGGUGGCGUACUAUGAGCACGUUCACCAGGUGGUCCGGCUUUAUAACCUGCCAGGGGUGGAAGGACUGUCCCUGGACAUGGCAUCCCUGGUGGACAUCCGGGACUAUGUCAAUAAGGAGCUGGCCCUGCGCAUCCACACAGACAUUGACAGCCAGGCCACCUUCUUCACAGACCUCAAUGGCUUUCAGGUGCAGCCCAGGCGGUAUCUGAAGAAGCUGCCCCUGCAGGCCAACUUCUACCCCAUGCCAGUCAUGGCCUACAUCCAGGACACGCAGAGCCGCCUCACGCUGCACACUGCGCAGGCCCUCGGCGUCUCCAGCCUCCGGGACGGCCAGCUGGAGGUGAUCUUGGACCGGCGGCUGAUGCAGGAUGACAACCGGGGCCUGGGCCAGGGGCUCAAGGACAACAAGAGAACCUGCAACCGUUUCCGCCUCCUGCUGGAACGGCGGACGCCCAGCAGGGAGGUCCCAGGUGGCCCUUCUACCAGCUACCCGUCCCUCCUCAGCCACCUGACCUCCAUGUACCUGAGUGCCCCGGAGCUUGCCCUGCCCGUGGCCAGGAGGCGGCUCCCAGGCCCCGGCCUGCGCUCCUUCCAUCCUCUGGCUUCCUCACUGCCCUGCGACUUCCACCUGCUCAACCUGCGUGCGCUCCAGGCCCAGGUGAGGACCACCCCGCCCUGUACCUGCAGGCCCGGAACCUGGCCUCUCCUCACCCACCUCCUGCCCGUCCCAGUACUGCCGCACCUGUGGGCUGAAGGGCCGCCCCCCCCCCACCCUUGUCUGUCCGUCAUCCAGGACGAUAGCUUGCCCUCUGCAGAAACUGCGCUCAUCUUACACCGCAAGGGUUUCGACUGUGGCCUUGAGGCCAAGAACUUGGGCUUCAACUGCACCACGAGCCAAGGCCAGGUGGCCCUGGGGAGCCUGUUCCGUGGCCUGGAUGUGGGCUUCCUGCAGCCAACCUCCUUGACAUUACUAUACCCGCUGGCCUCACCGUCCAACAGCACGGACAUCUACCUGGAGCCCAUGGAGAUCGCCACCUUCCGCCUCCGCUUGAGCUAGGGCUUCAUGUGCCCUGAGACGAAGGUCAUCCACAGGGGCUGCCUCUCUACCCGUAAGGUUGGGUUGGACAAGCUGCGCUGGCUGUCCCAUCCCGAUCUACCUCUCAGAACUGUGAUAGACUCAGCUCUGCCCUCGCUUUCCGUGUACUGUCGCUUCUGUGUUCGGGGGCAGCCCACACCCCAGCAUCGGGUAGAUAGGGCGGUGACUAGUGAGACCAAAGGGAGAAGGCCCUCGGCCAGAACAGCCAGUGCCGGCCUCCGCUUUGGGCUGCGAGUGGCCACCCAGUUGGGCACAGGUUCAAGCACCCCUCCUUUUCCCAAAUGAGAUGGUGACGCAGGGACGGAAGAGGUAGGGGAGGCUGAGUGGGAAACAGUCCAGCGUCUGGGCUGCUGUAGGAGAGAGCUGGCUCUAGGGGCAUCCUGUGGUUUUGCAGGGACUGCACGGCCUGGUGUGAUCGGCAGGAACUGAGCGAUGGCUAGGAGGAGGGGGAGGGGACCCAGAGUUAGUGCCGUGGGGGAGUAGAAGGAAUUGCGCUUUCUGGGAUGGCCCCAUCUAACUGCUCUCCGACCUGCACACCCUGGCUGGGGGCUGUGAUGCCAUGGGAAGGACUCACUAGAGACUGCAUCAUGGCCAGAGGUCAUAGGCCACUUCGGGUACCAAAACCUCCGUCUCACACUGGAUUUCACACUUGGUCUGUGUGUGGGCUGUGGGGUCACGGCUGGGACGUGGAGUCCUCCAUCUGCGUGACUCCUGUACUCGGGACGCCCCCUUCCCUUCAUGGGGAUGUUUAGUCUGGCAAACUUCCUUUCUCUGGAAAGAAAGUGAAGCCUCCAGGACUCCAUGUGCACAGGCAACUGGAGAAGGCCUUCAGCGCUGCCCACCAGUCUGGACGCCCUCCCCUGGAAGCAUGUGAUCCCUGGCGCGCCGAGGGACUAGGGACACGCCAAGGGAAUCGCCAGGCAGUGGGGCUGCCCAUCAGGCUUCAUUUCAGCUUCAAUUAAGAGAAAAAUGUAUCAUGGUCUCCAUAGAUGCUGAAACAAUAUUUGGUAAAAUUUUAAAUCUAUCCCUUAUUAAAACUCUUAGUAAGUUAAGGUUAGAAAGCAAUAUCCUAAUUGAGAUAAAGGCCUCUGUCAGAAACCAACAGUUACGGCGCUCUGAAGAGUCAGACACCACAGGCAUUCCCAUCAAAGUCAAGAACUAGCCCAGGACACGGAGUUAUUAGCAGUGUCCUGGCACACUGACCGCCUGCAGGGGCAGAUGAGGGAGGUGAGGAAGGGUGACAGUCAUUAUUUUUUGAUGCCGAACAGCUAACCUAUAAAAUGUAAGCGAAUCAGUAAAGGCCUCCUAGGAGUGUUCUGCAAGUUGACCCAAAUGGUCCAAACCAUGUUCCUGUAAAAAUGUUGGUUCUCUCCAAAUCAGCCCAUAAACUCAGUGAAUUCCAGUGAGGUGGGAUCCUUUUUGGAAUUUGACAGGUUCUCAAGUUCAUUUGGAGGAGUAAACAUUGAAAACACUAGGAGAAUCUGAAUGAUAGUGGGCUGGGGUGGUGGUGCUGAGGCUGGUAGAAGGCUCCUUCCUGGAGGAGAGGAUCUCAGACCACGCGUUCAGAAGGUGUGACCGGGGGUGCAGCCAGCAGAACAAGGGAGUGCCCAGCAGCAGACCCAGGUGCGUGAGAAUUUAGUAUAAGAUAAAAGGCAUAUUUUAAGUGGGGCAAAAGAUGGGUUAUUUAAUAAAUAGUCGGUUGAGACAACUAGCCAUCUAUUAAAGUAAGAGUGAGAUCUCUACCUCACAGUUUCCUCAAAAAUUAGGUCCACAGGGAAAAAAAACCCUACAAAAUUACUGAAGAAAAUACAGAAUAUUUUUAUACCUCUGGUGUGGGAAGGUCUAUUCUAAAUGUAACAUGAAACCUUAGAGAUACAUAAGGGAAAAGAGAAACAGAUUUCGCCACACAAGAACAGUGAAAGUUUCUGUGUGAUGGAAAACAUCAAGGCUGAAAUACAAAUGACAGAUUUGGGAAAAUAUACUUGCUGCACUUAAAAAAUUGGUGAGUAUAAUUACUUUAGGAGAAAAGCUUGCUUUGGGGUCCUUCGAGAAAGUCACCAAGGCCUGCUAAGCAGCUCCCUACAGGUUCAAGAGUGACACAGCUGAGCUCUUCCUGGUCACCCGGGGUUACUGCUGCCAACAGCAGGCCAGGGCAUGUGGAAUUCUGUCUGUGUCACACGGAAGAAAUAAGAUUAUCAAUGUGAAGUGCUCAGCAUAGUGCCUGGUACAUCUGAGAGCUCAAUAACUAUGAGCCAUCAUCAUAUUAGUAAAGGAUGCUAAGCAAUUAUAUUAUAGCAGGUGUUAUUUGCUGUAUAAUUUGUAAUCAAAUGGUAAGGGAGAAUCUGAACCCUUAGAAAAUUAGCCGAAUAAAGGCUAUUAUCGUUGGA